GUUGCUACGGUAACCUGGCUAACAUCACCCUGAACACUGACGGGGUGUGUGUGGUUCUCCAACGCCAACGGGGGGACCGGAGAGUGGUUGUGGCCUUUCUCCCCCUCAGCGAUCGAAGCUGAGCUUUCCGACGGCGCCUCGAAGGCAACGGCAAAAAAACGUGACACUGCCUCUGCCAGCCAAUGAGCGUGGAGGUUUUUUUCAAGACGGCCAAUCGGCGACGAGUACGUCUUACGAAGGGCGAGCGCGUGAGGCGUCCCGCCCUCGCGUUGUUCAUUGAAGAAGAAGGACGGCCUGCGCGCUCCCUCCUCUGAACAAACGGCAUCAUGGCGACCAAACUCACCAAGCUUUUUGUCGGAGGGCUCAACGUGGAGACCACGGAGGAUGGCGUCCGCAAGUAUUUCGAGCAGUUCGGCUCGCUCAGCGACUGCGUCGUGGUCAUGAACCAGCAGCUCGGCCGGUCCCGCUGCUUCGGCUUCAUCACCUACUCAACGCCGGAGGAGGCCGACGCAGCAAUGGCGGCUAACCCACAUGUCGUCGAAGGCCACGAAGUGGAGCUGAAGCGGGCCAUCUCCCGGGAGGACGCCAACAACCCGGAGAUCCUCACCAACGUGAAGAAGAUCUUCGUGGGCGGCGUCAAAGACCACAUCGAGGCGGACAACCUGACCGAGUACUUCUCGCAGUUCGGCGUGGUGGAGAAGGCCGAGAUCAUCUCCGACAAGCAGACGGGCAGGAAGCGCGGCUUCGGCUUUGUCUUCUUCGAGGACACCGACUCCGCCACCAAGGCGGUGCUGACCAAGUACCACACCAUCAACGGCAACAAGGUGGAGGUGAAGAAGGCUCUGACGAAGCAGGAGAUCUCCACCGGCGGCCGCGGAAGGGGUCGGGGAAGAGGGAUGCACAACUAUGGCGGCGGAAGAGGAGGUGGCAGCUACGGAGGAGGCUACGGCGGCGGUAAUUACGGAGGCGGCUACGGCUACGGCGGGGGUUACAACGGCGGCGGCGGCGGUGGAGGAUACGGGGGGUACGGAGGCUACGACGACUACGACAACCAGAUGGGGGGUGGAUACAGUAACGGUGACUUUGGGGACGGCUACGGACAGCAGCACUCCAACUAUGGUGCAGUGAAGGGGGGCAAUUAUUCCUACAGGAGCGGGGCUCCGUACAACAGAGGCGGCGGCGGUGGUGGCGGCGGCUACGGCCGGGGAGGCGGCUACAGCGGCGGCUAUUAGUGCGACCCCCCACCGUCCUCCUCCUCCUCGCUGUUUUGAGAUGUUCAUGGGGGAGAAAUUCAAAAUUACAACGAACUUGAAUUUACACACACACACACACAUUACACAAGCCCAGUUGGGGUAAGGGGGUCAGUUAAAGGGAGCAGUGUCCACCACCCCCGCAGUGAAUGAAUGACUGUCCUCCCUGGAUCCUGGCUCCCACCUCCCCAGCCCGGACCCUCCCUCCCCAUCUGUCCUCCUUAUUCCACACAUUAUGUACUUUACUACUAAAAACAAAAAAAAAGGUGAAUUAUUGAACUGUACUUUUGUUAUGUUUUGUUUGGGAAAGACUUUUUGCUUUGAACCAUUUGUAAAGCUGUAACCUUCUUUUUUUUUUUUUGUGUCAGUCACAGCUUCACAACUCAACAACAACAUCAACAAAUUGAGUUUGUUUGUCUUGCAAACCAGCCAGAUUGUGUCUGUUUAAUUUUUGCAUCAUGAACUCAGGGUAUUCAGUAAAGUUGGUGGCAGUGUCCGGCAGUAUGGGACUCGAUCGCUUGAGUUUCUUGAUCUUAAAAACACUUGUGACUAAGUAUUUUUUUGGGGGGUGUGUGAGAGAAAUGUCACAGACUGUUUGUCGGUUGUAAAUUACUUUAUUAUUAUUUUUUUGUUUUCCCACUACUACCGUCCCAUUACAGGCUUUCUUGUUUAGAUUAAAACAGUUUUUUGAAAAUUCACGUGUUCAGUUCACAGCCCUAUGUUUAUUCUGCUUUUAUUAAAGUUUUUAAUGUUUGGAAAAAUCUA